CUCACCUGCCCAGCCGGCAUUCAGCCAGUGACCACCGAAGCGUUUGGACGGUGUAAAACUCUGUCAAUGGAUAUCGUUUCCCGAUAAGCUGCUUUUUGAAUAAAUUCCAAAUCCUGCAUUGAAGAAAUCUUAAAGAUCCAUGCUGUGAGAUUAAGACUAACUUUACAAACGUUUUAAAAUUCGUGUUUAAAGAUGAAAACGAAUAUAUUAUGGAGCUUCCUCAUCGUUUACAUACUAACAGAACGUGGUGACUGCCAGUGCAGUAAACAAGAUUACCAAAGAUGUGUAAAACUGGCAGAUCCUCUACUGAAAGAUCCGCACCUCAUUUAUCCAGACAAUCCGCGGGACAUCGAGAGAGUUUGCAGGACAUGGACUUACUUCGUAGAGUGCGUGAAAACAUACACUGAUCGAUGUUUCACUGAGUCUAGAAGGAAAGAGUUCAACAAAGCUGUAGAAAGUCCAGUGUCUUCAAUCCACAAACUUUGUUCCUCUCCUGAUUACAGGAAUGAAUACAUGAAGCAUGCCAGUUGUAUGAAAAUGAUGCUGACCGAGGACAAUCACUGUGGACGUCACUAUAAGCUUCUAGUAAAUCAAGUCUCUGGUGAAGCAGCACAAUCUAGUGUAUGUUGCUCACACCAUAUGUUCCGAGAAUGUGUGGUGGACCAAACAAGAAACACCUGUGAUGCUGAAGCAGCCCCAUUUUCUAGCCAAAUGCUUGACAAGGCUCUAUCUUUUCUUAGAGACCAAUGCUCCAAUUAUAUACCAAAUCAAGAGGAUUGUCCAGGAUCAGAUUUUUAUAAGAGUACUACAACCAUGGGAAGAUCAGACGAAGUUGAUGUUACUAAACUGAGAACUCCAGCUCAGACGCAAAUCACUCAUGUAACACAAAUGACUCCAAGCCCAGAAACAACAAGAACAACUCAAACUCAAACUCAGCCACAGAUGCAAACAACACAAACUAGGAUUACAAAUCCAUGGACACCAGUAACUGAAACUAAAGCUACUGCAACAAGUAAUACUGCUUCGACAAAGUCUGAAUGGACAAGCAGCAGUGUAGCUUGGACUCCAAGCCUGAGUACAGACACAGAUACAAGUAGAACUAGUUUUGCAAGAGGUAUUACAUGGACAUCAAGUGAGGCUCCAAUAUGGAAAGUUUCAGGAUCAUACCAGAAUCAGAAUGCUUGGCUCCCUUCAUCAAGACCAAUGGACAAUGCCAUUGAUGAACCAAACCAACAGGGUCUUGGUUCUGGAUUUGAGGGUGGAAAUGGAUCAGCUCUCAUCAGUUUAUCUAUCAGUUUACUUAUAAUUAGUCUUCUACAACAACUUAUCAUAAGAUAGUCAAGCUUAAAUGGUUCAGAUAAAAGGGAUUUUAACUUAUAUAAUUUUCUUUUCAAUAGACCAUAAAUAUGAUUAGACCAUUAUGCUAAAUACUGAACAGCAAUCUUGUGUGAAUAACUGAAAAAAAUGUUCAGCUUUAAAAUUCAAUCAGAGAAGUUGUAUUUUACUGGUAAACUUUAAAUAAUGGUUAAAAGAAAAUCUUUAUUUGCUAAAAAAAAAUAUUACAGUAAAUAAUUGCGCCUUAACUUCAGUGAAAGUUUGUUUUAAUAUGAUCUGCAUUAAAGUCAAAUUCCUAAAUAUAAAUUAUGGUUAGUUUGAAUCAUACAAAUAAGCGCAAUAACAUCAAAAUUACAAUUACCUUCUCUAUUCUCGAAACAGUUUCAGAUAAAAAAUCUCUUUAAGUAGUUCAUUUAUAAAAGCUCAUGAAUGAAAAGUUAAGAUAUAAGUUAAUGUAAUGUAUGAUCUUUGCAUAAAUUAUGUUUAAUCAACCUGAAAAAUGGAAUGAACUUUUUAAAUGUAUAUUUGUUUAUAAAUAUUUUUAAAAUAAGUAUUUUUAAAAUGUUACAAAACGUUCAACAGAUCAAACAAAAUAAAAUAUAUAAACUUAGAAAUAUAGAUUAGUUUCCUAAUAGGAUCUAACUAUUGUUGAGUAGGAUUUGAUAAAUUAUUACAUUACCUUGAGGAAGAAAACCAGAUCUCUAUGAAUUUAUUUGUACUUAUUCAAACAAUGUUUUGUUUGCCCCUACUAUCAACUCUGGGCAUUCAUGAAGUACUCUAUUUUACAAGUUAAGACUAUUUCGAUUAUAUCUAUUUAAGUGUUAUCUUGACCCAAAUAUAGAGGAAAAAGUUGAUCUAAAACAACCAUAGACUGUAAUUGGUUGAUACAACCAAAAAUAUUCAUGCUAAAAGUAUGAGAUUCAAAUAAUAUAAUCCAUAUUCAAAUAAUCUUAGUUUGAGUAACUUCACUAUUUCAUUGUAGCUUACUUAAACUGGUACUGUUCUUUACUUUUUAUGUUAAUUCUAUAAAAUAUUAAUUAUUAUAUGUAUUUAGAUUAAUUAACAUUUUAUUUCAAAACCGAAAUGUUAGCAGUGAUGUUGUUUUUGCCUCUAUUGCCAGUUUUAAAUGAAUAGCUUUCUCUUUUAUC